AUGGAAGGUUUGACUCAAGCACUGGGUCAGGCUUGUAUUGAUGAAAAUGUGGACAUGGUGAAGUUUCUGGUGGAGAACGGAGCCAGUGUGAACCAGCAGGACAGCGAGGGCUGGACGCCCCUCCAUGCAGCAGCGUCCUGUGGCCACCUCAACAUCGCGGAGUAUUUCAUUAACCACGGAGCCAGCGUGGCUGUUGUGAACAGUGAAGGGGAGGUCCCCUCAGACCUUGCAGAAGAGCCCGCCAUGAAGGAUCUUCUUCUGCAGCAAGUGGAGAAACAAGGGGUCGAUCUCGAGCAGUCGAGGAAGGCAGAGGAACAGCAAAUGCUGCAGGACGCCCGCCAGUGGCUCAACAGCGGGAAAAUACAGGAUGUGAGGCAGGCGCGCUCAGGGGCCACUGCCCUCCACGUGGCUGCCGCCAAGGGCUACUCUGAGGUCCUCAGACUUUUGACUCAGGCUGGCUAUGAGCUCAAUGUCCAGGACCGCGACGGCUGGACCCCGCUCCAUGCCGCUGCACACUGGGGGGUGAAGGAGGCGUGCUCCAUCCUGGCAGAAGCCCUCUGUGACAUGGACGUCAGGAGCAAACUGGGCCAGACACCGUUUGAUGUGGCUGACGAGGGCCUCGUGGAGCACCUGGAGAUGCUGCAGAAGAAGCAGAGCGUGCUUCGAAGUGAAAAAGAGACACGGAAUAAGCUCAUUGAGUCGGACCUGAACAGCAAGUUGCACGGUAGACUCUUUAAGAACAAAGAGAAGAUGCUCUAUGAGGAGGAGACACCGAAGCCCCAAGAAAUGGAGGAUGAAAACAAAGAAUCCAGCAGCUCCAGCUCAGACGAGGAUGAAGGUGAAGAUGAGGCUUCUGAGUCAGAAACCGAGAAGGAGGCGGAUAAAAAGCCGGGAGCCAUCGUCAACCGUUCCAACUCCGAAAGCAAGAGUAGUGCCGCAGAGCAGGCGCCAGCGCCGGCGCAGGUCAUCUCCUCCACCUCUUCAGCCAGGAGGUUCUCUGGCCUUUUCAACAAGCCGGAAGAGCCCAGAGAUGAGUCUCCGUCUUCGUGGAGGCUGGGCCUCAGGAAGACCGGCAGCCAGAACGUGCUGAGCGAGGCGGCCAGGUCCAGGGAGGCCCUGCGGGACCGGGGCGCGUUCAUCCACCGCUCGGCCUCCAGCCCCCGCAUCUCCACUGUGCUGGACAACAGAGAAAAGGAGCGAGGAAGCAGAAGCUCUUGCAGCGCAGCACUGGGGCUGCGGAGGCUGAGCGCCGCCGGCGGCCUGGAGGAGAAGGAGAACAGAGAGUCGGCUGCUCACCUGGUGCGGAGCGGCCCCCCCGCCCGCCAGCUGCGGAGGGACGGAGCGGAGGGGAGCGAAUCUCUGCAGACGGCCACCCCUUCCACCUACGUGACAACCUACCUGAAAAGGCCUCCUUACAAAUCCCAGGCUGACUCCGCAGCGGAGAGAACAGUAGACAGUGUCUCUUGCGGCACCCCCCUCUGUGUGAUCACGAAUCGCCCCCCACCUAGCACUGCCAAUGGGGUUGCAGCUGCCGCUCUGCUCUCCACUCCUGGAACGGACUCCUCUGUGGAAACCAGGGAGAGGAGGAGGUCGUAUCUGACUCCUGUACGGGACGAGGAAGCAGAGUCGUUACGGAAAGCGCGCUCCAGACAAGCUCGGCAGACUCGCAGGUCUACCCAAGGUGUAACCCUGACGGAUCUCCAGGAAGCAGAAAGGACGUUCAGCCGGUCGAGGGCAGAGCGUCAGGCUCAGGAACAGCUCAGCCCGAAGCCCGUGGGCCCCAGAGGGCUCGAUGGCGGCGCCCAGAAGCACGAGCCCCUGGCAGCCCCUGCAGAGGAAGCUGGGGAGAGCCGCCAGCCCUGGGACCAGAGUCUGGAGGAUCAGCCUGUGUAUCGUCGCCUGAGGUGUCCGGCUCAGCCAGACAAACCCAUGACACCAGUGUCACCUCCUGCCCCGAGACCCUCCCUCUACACCAGUUCCUACCUGCUCCGGACGGGUAGGUCUUCAGCCCCUGAUUCAGAGAGUUCAGAGCCCCCCGCCAGCCCUGCAGGGGCAAAGGAAAUGGACAAAAACGAGGGCGAAGAAGCAGAUUUGGGUGAUCAGUCCUCUAACAGGCUGUCCAUUCGUGAGCGGAGGCGGCCCAAGGAGCGACGAAGAGGCACAGGCAUCAACUUCUGGACGAAGGAUGAAGAUGAAACUGAUGUCUCGGAAGAGGUGAAAGCAGCGUGGCAUGAACGACUUUCUAGGUUGGAAUUGGGAGGCAGUGACGCCAGCAGCGAGCGGGCCUCGGCCAGAGCCCGCCGGGAGGCCCGCGAGGCCCGCCUGGCCACCCUGAGCAGCCGCGCGGGGGAAGACAGCAGCAGGGACUACAGAAAGCUCUACGAGAGCGCCCUGACCGAAAACCAGAAGCUGAAGACAAAACUUCAGGAGGCCCAGCUGGAGCUGGCGGACGUGAAAUCCAAGCUUGAGAAGAUGGCCCAGCAGAAACAAGACAAGACCGCCGACCGGUCGUCGGUGCUGGAGAUGGAGAAGCGGGAGAGGCGAGCCGUGGAGCGGAGGAUGUCGGAGGUGGAGGAGGAGUUGAAGGUCCUGACGGAACUGAAAUCCGACAACCAGAGGCUGAAGGAUGAGAACGGCGCCCUCAUCAGGGUCAUCAGCAAGCUGUCCAAGUAG